UGACGGAAGCUGAAUAAGUGCCAAAGCUCUCGGCGAAUACCGUGUGGAAUACUCGUCUCCAAGUUGAACGUCAGGCUAGCUAGCUCCUCCACCACGUAUGGUCAGCUGGAGAGGGGAAACUGCUAGAUAGCUUCGCUACUGACUAGCUCCCAGAAACAUUCCAUCGAUGCUAAAUCUGCUACCACCUCGCAGCGAGCGCAUUCCCUUCACCUACUCAACCUAGCUAUUGCCUCAAUUCCUUUACCACUACAGAUUAUGAUGCCGCCCAGCAGUUCCACUAUAAGCAAUAUUGUGACCAUGAUCACGCUGGUUCUGAGCACGUUGUUGCCUGGAUCGGAAACGAUGUCCAUGGCGAACGCCACGACAGGGAUCUGCUGCGGAGACCGUGGCGACGGCAGCCCCAAAUGGUACAUCCCUCCGUUCUCGUCGAUGGACAGUCGCAGUCGCCACCUUGGCAUGGCGAACUCCACAGGUUCGUCCAAGUUACUGCUGCUACUUGUCUCGCUCCCCAGCCGAGGAGAUCAACCUGCGAAUCAUCGCGGGAGCAGCAGCGAUAUGGUCAGCAAGGAGAAUCCUCCAUCAUGGAAGCUAUGCAGCGUUGGGGAGCUAGCAUCCUCCUAUCCUUUUGGUUUAAACAAAUCCCUCGAUCUUGAUUUCGUUGGCUAUAGCCGGUUUCCCGCCACGGCCAAAGAGCCGCAAUACAAGAGGAGGCUUCCACGCGUGAGCUUUGCUGAACGGAGAAAGCUGUUGGCUUCUCAUGAUAGCACGACCAAGAUAGACGUCCAUCGUCGUCACAGGGAGCGCGUCGUUCCGGCAGCCGCAAUCGCCGCCAUCAGUACAUUUUUUCUUUCCCUGCUUUGCAGUCUUGCAGGGCUUCUGCUGUGGUGCACGCGUAACAAGUCAAAGGAGGAAGCGCCCGUCCAGCAUACAGAGCUUUGCCCCCUGGGGCCUAGAAGGUUCAGUCACCGUGAGCUGGCUGCCGCGACGUGUGGGUUCGCGGAGGAGGCAAAGAUCGGCCGAGGAGGCUUUGGGCCGGUGUACCGCGGCUACCUGCGCGACCAAGACUGCCAAGUCGCCAUUAAGGUGCUCUCUCAAGAAUCCUCUGUGCAGGGGAUGAAGGAGUUCGCAGCCGAGGUGAAGGUCAUGACAAGGCUGAGGCACCGGAACAUCAUCCAGCUUUUGGGCUGGUGCGACGGUCCGCGUGGCCUAUUGCUUGUCUACGAGUUCAUGCCCAAUGGCAGCCUCGACAAGGCACUCUAUGAUCCUCGGAGGCUGCUAACUUGGUCAGAAAGCUCAAGUAUCAAUCGGAAUUCUUCUGAAAUGCGUGGUCACAGGUAUAGGAUUGCACUCGGUUUGGGAUCUUCCGUACUCUACCUCCACAUGAAUUGCGAGCAGUGCGUCGUGCACGGGGACAUCAAGCCUGCAAACAUCAUGCUCGACUCGUCUUACAACGCCAAGCUCGGAGACUUCGGGUUGGCGAGGCUCGUCGACCACGGAACUGACUCGCGAACAACUCAGGUCGUGGCAGGGACUGUCGGGUACAUCGACCCUGAAUUUGUUAACACCCGUAGGCCUAGCGCCGAGUCCGACGUCUAUAGCUUUGGCGUCGUUCUUCUAGAGAUCGCUUGCGGCAAGCGGCCAGCCUCGAGAGAACCAAAAGGAACACCACUGCUGCUGAAUUGGGUCCGUGACAUGUACCGCAAGAACUUGAUUGUUGGAGUGGCAGAUCGACGGCUGGACGGCGAGUUUGACGAGCAGCAGAUGAGGCGAGUGCUCUUCACGGGCCUCUGGUGCACGCAUCACGAUCAGAGCCAGCGACCAUCGAUCGUGCAAGCCAUGGAUGUCCUGCAACGUGAAGAUGCUGAGCUGCCAGUCCUUCCAGCAAUGCGUAGUCCUGGCUCAGUUCGUUCGCUGGCAGAAAUAAUAGCCUGUGGUAAUUUGUCAGCAGGGAAUUCUUCUUUUGAGAAUUCAUCUGUUGACACUGCGUACCACACCUCCAAGGAUUCGACUAGUCUGGUACAGUAGAAUGCUAGCAGAAGAAUGAAACAGGGCAAAUCAAAGUGUUGCGCGGUGAUUCCUUC